AUGGCCCAGCAGAUUCCGUUCAAUAUCAAACUAAAAACAUGCCUAAAAAUGUGUAUCCAGAGACUCAGGUACGUACAAGAAAAACAGCAGGCACUGGCAAAGCAAGAUAGGAGGGAAGUAGCGCAAUUUUUAAACGAUGGGAAGGAGCAAAAAGCUCAUUACAGAGUCGAAACGCUUAUAAACGACGAUGUUCACAUUGAACUGCUUGAAAUUUUGGAAUUAUACUGCGAGCUUUUGCAUGCAAGAGUCAGCAUUCUAAUGAGCAUAACCGAUGAGGCAAAUUUGAUUUCUGAACACAUGAAUGAUGGGAUCAAUGAAGCUGUAAGAGCACUUGUGUAUGCUACUAUUCAUGCACCUGAGGUCAAAGAGUUGGCCCAGAUUAGAGAUCUGCUAACUUUAAAAUUUGGCCCAGAUUUUGUGAAGGUAAUAUUAGAUGGUGGCAUAGGCGUUCCUGAAAAAGUAGUAAAAAAAUGCUCCCCCAAUUUACCAGGUGAGGAGCUUGUAGUAAUGUAUUUGAAAGAAAUUGCACGAACCUAUGCAGCACCCUACUCGCAACUGACCGAUACCGAAGAUGAGGAGUUGGAAGACAAGGAAGAGCUUGAGGAGCUCAAGCCGAUAGUUGCGGUUGAUAAUGACGAUCAAUUUACAGAAGAUGCAAAGCACCCGAUCUCGGUCAGAAAACCAAGAAAGAACAGUGAAACACUAGAAAGAGACUUGAAAAUACCAAAAGACAUAAAAAAGGACGUUAAAGUUAUGCGCAGGAAAGAAAGCGGAGGUAGCGACGAUCUUGAACAAUUAAAGAAACGGUUCGCAGCGUUACGUAGAUGA